AUGUCGCUGCGGCGCGGGCCGCUCCUGAGCCCGGCCCUGUGGGGGCUGCGGGGCGCCGGCCAUUGGCGGGCGCUGCCCGUCCUCGCCACUCUCGUCUGCCGGCGGCCGGCGGGCUGGCUCCCCUGGGCCCGCUGCGUGUGUGUAGGCCGCGGGAAGGAGUGGCGGCUGCCCCCGGGCCACGACACGGGCAUCCAGAUCUACAACAGUCUAACCCAAAGGAAAGACCCUUUAAUCCUGCCCCGCCCGGAAGCGAUCUCCUGGUACAGUUGUGGACCAACUGUUUAUGAUCAUGCACAUCUUGGGCAUGCUUGUUCAUAUGUUCGGUUUGAUAUAAUUAGAAGAAUCUUAACCAAGGUUUUUGGAUACAACAUUGUCAUGGUGAUGGGGAUUACAGAUGUAGAUGAUAAAAUAAUCAGAAGAGCAACUGAGAUGGACAUCUCGCCCUCAGCUUUGGCCCGUCUUUAUGAGGAAGAUUUUAAACUAGAUAUGGCUACAUUGAAGGUUCUUCCACCUACAGUGUAUAUGAGAGUAACUGACAAUAUUCCUCAUAUAAUUUCAUUUAUUGAAGGAAUAAUUUCUAAGGGGCAUGCUUAUUCAACUAUGAAAGGUAAUGUUUACUUUGACCUUAAGUCUAGAGGAGACAAAUAUGGGAAAUUAAUUGGUGUUGUCCCAGAAGAAGGGGUGGAAUCAGAUGAUUCUGAUAAGCGACAUGCCAGUGAUUUUGCUCUAUGGAAGGCAGCUAAACCUCAGGAAAUUUUUUGGGCCUCUCCUUGGGGAAAUGGAAGGCCUGGCUGGCACAUUGAAUGUUCUACAAUCUCAAGUUUAGUGUUUGGAAGCCAAUUGGAUAUCCAUACAGGUGGGAUUGAUUUAGCUUUUCCACAUCACGAAAAUGAAAUUGCACAGUGUGAGGUAUAUCACCAGUGCAAGCAGUGGGGAAACUAUUUUUUACAUUCAGGGCAUUUGCAUGUUAAAGGGAAAGAAAAAAUGUCAAAAUCAUUAAAAAACUACAUUACAAUUAAGGACUUUCUAAAGAAGUUUUCUCCAGAUGUUUUCCGGAUGUUCUGCAUGCUUAGCAAUUACAGGUCCGCAAUAGACUAUAGUGAUGACAACAUGCAUGAAGCCAAACACCACCUCAUUGGAAUAGCUUCUUUCAUUGAUGAUGCCAAUGCAUAUAUGAAAGGACAGCUGGUGUGUGAUCCCAUCAGAGAGGACCUACUCUGGGAAAGACUAACUAGCACCAAAAUAGCGAUCAAGGCUGCAUUUGCAGAUGACUUUGACACCCACAGGGCUGUUGAUGCAAUUAUGGACCUCAUUCAACAUGGCAACAGACAGCUUAAGGCUGUUACUAAGGAAGCUAACUGUCCUAGAAGUCCUGCUGUAUAUGGUGCUAUAGUUUCCUAUAUUGAAAGCUUUUUGGACACAGUUGGAAUUUCUCUUUCAAGUAGACAGUUUAUUUCAGAAAAUAGGAGCUCAGCUACUCUGCACAGUGUGGUUGAUGAGCUAGUGCAGUUUCGUUCCAAAGUCCGUCAGUACUCCCUGGGUGCACCAGAAGGCACAGGGACUGCCCCAGCCGACCUGUCCAAAGAAGCCAAGAAGCUACAGAGAGAGAAAAGGCAACAGUUGCUAUUAGAAAGGGAACCUUUGCUCCAAGCUUGCGAUAGCCUCCGGCAGAACCUUGCUGCUUAUGGAAUCAACAUUAAGGAUAGGAGCAAUAUUUCUACGUGGGAACUGCUGGAACCAGGAACAGAGGAGCAAAAAACUGGGAAAUGAAAUGGAUUUAAUGAAAUGUGUUCUUUCGUGGACAUGUGAUUCAAGGUUUACUAUUGGAAGAGCAAAACUUUAUAUUAAAGUUUUUCUUUCUGCUGUUAAAUCAACAUUAAAAUUAAAUUUUAAACUGG